UGGCCACAGCCACGCGGGCUCCAACCAGCCCAAGCCCAGGGACCCCAGGGACCCCAGUGUCCCGCAAGCCCAACAGUGGGACAACGAGGCAUGGCUUGGGGCCCCUUUGUACGGAGGAACUAUUCUCAGUGCUGCCCUCUCUCCGCCUCCUCCCCAUGACUACUGCCACCCCUCACCCCAGCGGGGCCCUGGGUGUGAGCACAAAAGGGUGCCGCCAAGUCCUGGUGGUGGGCCUGGGAGUGUCCGUGAGGGUCUCUGCCUCCCUCUGAGCACAGCUGCUUGAGGGACUGUGACAUUGAGUAGGAAAUGGUAAAUUCCAGGACAGAGCUGCAGAGAUGGCAGAGGGGGAAAUGAGGCCUCCGGACCUGGCUGUGGCGGCCGGCCCGCUGGACCUCCCUCCCGGCUGCCAGGUGAGGCACCUCUGCUCCCGAAGCAGCGCCAAGCGGUUUUGCAGCAGGUGCCAAGGCCCCUCUCAUUGCCAAGGUUGGCACUGCCUGAACAGGGCGGGGCUGCCAAGCUACCCUAUUCCGGCUGCCACGUGGGCAAUGGGCAGGUAUGUCCACAUCCUGCUCCCACAUCCCAGAGACAUCUGGGCCCCAGACUGUCUUUGGUGACAAUUUGUGCUAAGGCAGAAGGUGCCCUUGUCAAAGCGGAGUUAGGGCAGUGUGGGUGCAGCUGCCUGGCCGUGGACCAGCACUGGGGGCAGCGGGCCCUGGGGGAAGCCCCAAAGAAGGGGCAGAGCCCUGGGGAGCCCAGUGAGGACAAGGCUGGCCACCCAGGCACCGGGAACUGGUUGAAGUCCUCCAGCCGCCAAUUAGUUUUAACUUGUGCGGGACCCCCUGUGCUAUGUGCCUACAUGGACUCAGCACAUCCAGGAGGCCAGAGGAUGAGCCGGGGUGAGGGUGGAAAGGGCAGGAGUAGGGUGUCCCAGGCAGUAGUGAGAGCCUGCUGGUUCUGGAACAAACCCGGAGCAGGGCCACCCUGCCUCAGAGGUUCCUGUGGUCUUCCAGAGCCUGCAGCCUCCACACCCUCUCCCUGUACCAGGAGCUGCUCUGCUCCCAGCCUGCAGGCCAGACCUCCUAGUCCCAGUUGGGCUGGGAGGGUGAGGAUGCAGCAGCUUCUCCCACCCCUUCGCGCGACCCAUGCACAGUCCCUGCACUAAGCUGCUUUGGGGUCCAAACAUUCCCUCCUGGCUGGGACCCACGCCACCCUCUGCUCUGGCUGGCCUGGGGUGGCUGUCAGAUCCUGCCUGCCCUUCCCUAGCCAGCAGCUUCCCCGAGCGUGCCUCAGUCCUCUCCUUUGGGGUGGGGGGCUUUCCUUCCCCAUCGUGGGUGGAACCCAGCUCAGCCUCUGAAUGCUCUCCAAGUUUUUCAUUUGACAUCCCUCAAGUGUUCAUUCACCUACGAAUGGGCCCACAUGGGAAAAUAGAAUCUUUGCAGAUAGAAUGAAGUUAUUAGAAUAAGAUAUUACACUAGAGUAGGCCCUAAAUCCAAUAAAGCUAAAAGACCAUGUGACAAUGGAGGUAGAGUGCCAAGGAACACCACGGACGCCUGGGGCCACCGGAGCUGGAAGAGGCUGGAAGGACGCUCCCCCGGAGGGAAAUCCCCAGGCAGGAACUUUACAGCAAAUUGUAUACAAACUGCGGAGCCUCUUGGGGACCCAAGAGAGCUGGGAAAACAGCACCCUCGGGGACACCGGAGCUCCGGGCUUUCGAGGCACAGCUGCCCCAGGAGACUGGGCCGCAAACCAACCUCAGGCAGCCCUGGACUAAGGAGCUCAUACCCUCGGCGCUCCAACGAGUGAUGUUGGGGCAUUUGGGGCGAGCUACAGGAUAGACUGGACUGCGACUUGUGUGAGUGGCGGUAAGUAGCGGGCCGUACUCGCUGGCUCCACUUCUUGACAUCUCGGGAAUAAGCCCAGGACUGCCGCCGGGGAGCCACCCGCGACCAGCGGUGCUCUGCCGCUGCCCACGUGACUUCCUGGGCUCGCCCCGCCCCUGCCCCCGCCCACACCGCGCGAGUCGGAGACUCAAGCGCCAGAUCCGUCCCUCCGGGCUACGGCGCGCAGACGUAGUGCGUCGCGGACCGUCACAGCUCCCGGCCUGCCCCGCGCGCGCUGACGUCGCGCAAAGUCGUCUCCGUCUCCGCCGCCGCCGCUGCCGCUGACGCCGCCAUUGGAGUCGGUCCUCGUCCGUGUGUGCUGUUCCUGUUCACAGCGCAGCGUCGCUACUCGCUAGCGGCCCGCGCGCCCACCAGCCGCCUCCCGGCAGGCGCCCGGGGAGGGGGCGGCGGGCCCGGGACCGCGAGAGCCCGGGUGACAGGCCCGGCCUCGCGGGAGGCCCGAGCCGGCAGGCGUCCCAGCCCUGCGCCGCGCCGGCUGUUCAUGAAGCAUGUCGGCUACCAGCGUGGACCCCCAGAGAAGCAAAGGACAAGAUAAUAAAGUGCAAAAUGGGUCUUUGCACCAGAAGGACGCAGUUCAUGACAAUGAUUUCGAGCCCUACCUGUCUGGACAGUCAAAUCAGAGCAACAGCUACCCCUCCAUGGCUGACCCCUACCUGCCCAGCUACUACCCGCCGUCCAUCGGGUUUCCGUACUCCCUCAGCGAGGCGCCGUGGUCGACUGGAGGGGACCCUCCCGUCCCGUACCUCACCCCCUAUGGACAGCUCAGCAAUGGCGACCAUCACUUCAUGCACGACGCUGUGUUCGGGCAGCCCGGGGGCCUGGGCAGCAGCAUCUACCCGCACCGGUUUAAUUUCUUCCCCGAGAACCCCGCCUUCUCGGCCUGGGGCGCCAGUGGGUCUCAGGGGCAGCAGGCCCAAAGCCCCGCCUAUGGGGGCAGCUACCCCUACCCACCGAGCUCCCUGGGCGGCACGCUGGUGGACGGGCAGGCGGGCUUCCAUGGCGACACCCUCAGCAAAGCCCCCGGGAUGAACAGCCUGGAGCAGGGCAUGGUGGGCCUGAAGAUCGGCGACGUCACCUCCUCCGCGGUCAAAACUGUGGGUUCAGUUGUCAGCAGUGUGGCGAUGACCGGGGUGCUCUCUGGCAACGGUGGGACAAACGUGAACAUGCCGGUUUCAAAGCCGACCUCGUGGGCUGCCAUCGCCAGCAAGCCUGCAAAGCCGCAGCCAAAAAUGAAAGCCAAGGGCGGGCCUGUCAUCGGGGCCGUGCUGCCCCCUCCACCUAUAAAGCAUAAUAUGGACAUCGGCACCUGGGACAACAAGGGGCCUGUGCCCAAGGCCCCGGCCCCCCAGCCGGCCCCGGCCCCCCAGCCUGUCCUCCCACCUCAGCCGGUCAUGCAGCCUCUGCCUGCUCAGCCACCCUCUCUGGCCCAACCGCAGUACCAGGGCCCACAGCCGCCGGCCCAGACCCGCUGGGUCGCCCCGCGCAACCGGAGCGCAGCGUUCGGGCAGAGCUUGGGGACUGGGGGCGACAGUCACACCCCUGGAGGCACCCAGCCCAGCUCGGCCCCGAGCAUGGAGUCCCACCCGGUCCUCGAGAAGCUGAAGGCCGCCCACAGCUACAACCCUAAGGAGUUCGACUGGAACCUGCGCGGGGGGCGUGUGUUCAUCAUCAAGAGCUACUCGGAGGACGAUGUGCACCGCUCCAUCAAGUACUCCGUCUGGUGUAGUACCGAGCACGGCAACAAGCGGCUGGAUGGUGCCUUCCGCUCCGUGGGCAGCAAGGGGCCCGUCUACCUGCUCUUCAGCGUCAAUGGCAGCGGCCACUUCUGCGGGGUGGCCGAGAUGAAGUCGCCCGUGGACUAUGGCACCAGUGCCGGGGUCUGGUCUCAGGACAAGUGGAAGGGCAAGUUCGACGUGAAGUGGAUUUUUGUCAAGGACGUGCCCAACAACCAGCUCAGGCACAUCCGGCUGGAGAACAACGACAACAAGCCGGUGACAAACUCGCGUGACACCCAGGAGGUGCCCUUGGAGAAGGCGAAGCAAGUGCUGAAGAUCAUUGCCUCCUACAAACACACCACCUCCAUCUUCGACGACUUCUCUCACUACGAGAAGCGCCAGGAGGAGGAGGAGGUGGUGCGCAAGGAGCGGCAGAGCCGGAGCAAACAGUAAAGGCCGCAGGCCAGCCUCUGGUGCGAUCUGACGUUCGCCUGAACAAGUGCUUGGUGCUGCGUCCUGGCGGCACCCUGCGCCUUCCUGCGCAGGCCCAGUUGCCGCUGCGUCCCGCCGGAAGCCCUGUGCAGAUGGCGCCGCGCCCUGUGUGUUUGCCGAGUCCGAUAGCAUUGUAGACUGCACUAAUAAAGAGCGUGCUCCUGGCCCGCCAGUCCGACCCACCUAACGUGAACCACAGGUCUGCCCCGCAGCAGACCUGGUGCAUCCAAAGAGUCGUGCUGGCAGACACCGCGCUCACCCCUGUCCUGUUCACGGUCUCCCCCUGCUUCUGUCUUUGGGACGUUUCUCACCCGGUUGCUUCCUGGUGGACGUGGCAGGUCAUGGGUGGUUCUGCCACACACGCGUGUUUCGACCACUUCCCUCCCGGGCGCUGAGACCCGCAGGCGGCAGCCUGGGGCUGGCUGGUUUACCACAUCUCGCUGGUCACCUGCCCAGGGCCACACUUCCCACACCACGAGGCUGUGUCCCAGACAGCAGAUGCGUUAUGCGCCCACACGGCACCAUCUCCUCGGGGUGGUGGGUCUCGUGUCCCCGGUGCCCCUGGCUGUGCACCUCGUUUUAACCCCUUCCCUCGCGCACCCUCACGCUGUUUAAGUUUCAUGCCCGUGACACUGAGCUUCCAUGUCGUCUCUGAUGCGACAUUGUCUGCCCAUCGUGAUCCGCACUGUGUGUCUCCACCCCUUCCUGUCAGUGGUGAAAAGGACAAGGGCACAGACCCCCUGGGGACUGACCGCGCUGCCACGUCCUGUGGACCGAGGGCCGCUGACCUUGCCACCCUCUCCGGGCUGGGCACAGCACGGACGUGGUGCUGCCCCCACCUCGCCAGCACACCUGUCUGCCCCACGUGGCCCUGGGGUGGGGGAGAGCAGGCCCCUUCCAAACACACGUCACUGCAGAAGCCCCUCCAAGUUGAAGCUGGAGCUGUGCUAUUAGACUUGUAUUCAGAACUCGUCCCGCUGUGCGCUGCCGCCGCCGCCUGGACAGAGUUGGGGACAACCCGAGGGGACGACCUGGGGUGGGCGGCUCCAGGGCAGCACAAGCCUUAAUAAACAACCCUGUCUGGCA